AGACAAGUUGGCGUUUUGUGCGGUGUGUUUGUGAUCGUGGCGCUCAGACGCACGUGGUGGUUCUAAUUUUCGGCAGUCUUAAGCAAGUGGUCCGUUUUUCGAGUGCUAUCAAAUCAUGGGAAAUGCCAAGAAGACCAAGAGGCGACACCGCCAGACGUACAGCGCCAACCACAAGAAGAAGCUGAAGAAGAAGCUGAAACGCCAAGUUAAGAUCAAGAGCACGCUUAUAAAGCAAGCCUGGGAAGAAAACAAAGGUAUUUUUGACAACCUGCGUGACAUGGGCAUCGCAGCGGACGCAAACAAGGCAAUCCCCAUGGAGGUCGAUGCUCAGCCGGCGACUAAAGGCAAGCGAAAAACACGCGCUCCUAAAGAACACGUCGUGGCACAACUUGAAGCCGCGGCUUCUGAGCCUAGGCCCAGCACGCUGCGCAUGUCGGGAGACGACGUCAAGUUCUGCGUUUACAUGUUAGAGAAGUACGGCGAGGACUACGCUGCCAUGGCCAGAGACCGGAAGAAUCACUUCCAGGACACGCCUGCCCAGAUUAGGCAGAAGAUAAACACCUUCAGGAAGAUCCCCGAACAGUGGAACGCUUACAUGCGGGCUAAAGAGCUCGCAUAAGUGGUUGGACGUGUUGUGUUGCUAGAAUACACGUGUUUUAAAGACAUAA